CUGAUAUUUCCAUGCGACUAUGUGUGUUCAGAAAAUAUAAUUUUUUUUGCAUGCUCCGCUUAAAGUUUUUGCCUGUUUUUCGGACUUACAUUUUCAAUAUCCACGGUUCCUGUUCUUGUUUAAAUAUCUGAAGCGCUGAAUUUAUGAAGAUGCAACAAUCACAGCGCGUGCUGCUGUAGUCUGAUACACUGCUCAUAUCUGACACUUCUGCUCAGUGCUUGCUUUGAGGGAUGUGGCGGGAGCUUGAGUUUCUGCAUGAAGCUACUGGAGAAACCCUCGCAAAUUAUCUCAUAACCUUAACUUGACAUAUCUUAGUGAAUCUGUGAAGAUGGUGAACGCUCGUGCGCUCGUUAUUCUGACCUUCAUCUGCAGUUUGACAGACGCGGCCAAACUCAAUAUACCUAAAGUUUUAUUACCUCUUGCCAGAAGCACGAAGAUUAAUUUUACACUGGAAGCAACUGAAGGAUGUUAUCGAUGGUCGUCUAACAGGCCGGAGGUGGCCAGUAUAGAGGCAGUGGAUGUGGAUGAGCGUCAGUGCUCUCAUAAAGCAGUUCUGCAGGCGCGCUCCACUCAGCCGUCCAGACUCACCAGCAUCAUACUCGCCGAGGACAUCUGUGAGUGCCGCUGACUGCUGCUUUUUUUACUCCCUAAUAUCGGUAUCGGCCCCACCCAGAUCGAGUCCACCACGCGAGAGCUUCAUCUGGAGGAUUCGCCGCUGGAGCUGAAGAUCCAUGCGCUGGAUUCAGAGGGAAACACCUUCAGUACUCUUGCCAGUCUGCUGUUUGAGUGGACUGUAGUGAAGGACGCUGAGAUGGCAGGCUUCCCCGACUCCUACAACACCCUGCGGGUGCUGAGGUUUGCGGAGUCGGCCUACACUCCUCCUGCGUAUAUUUCUGAGAUGGAGCGAGUGGGACAUCAGGGAGAUACCAUCCUAGUUUCAGGAAUCAAAACCGGCCAUGCCAAACUCAAAGCCAAAAUACAAGAAGCAAUCUACAAGGAUGUUGGUGCUGCUGAAGUCAGAUUGCUGAUUCUGGAAAACAUCCUUCUGAGUCCUGCAUAUGACGUUUAUCUGCUUGCUGGCACCUCCAUCCAAUACAAAGUCCAGAAAAUUCGGCAAGGAAAGAUUACAGAGCUGUCCAUGCCCUGCGAUCAGUAUGAGCUUCUCCUUCAGAACAGGGUGGUGGCCCCUCACGGAAACCCAGAUGCCCCUGUGGCAAACCUGGACCGGAGCAGCUCGACCGUGUUUGCCCUUCAGCAGGGACACACCAACAUCGUGCUGGACCACAAGAGUCUGGGGAUGCAGGGCGCUUCCCGACUUCCCAACAGCACCAUCUAUGUCGUGGAGCCUGGAUACUUGGCAUUCAAGAUUCAUCCUGAGGAUCGCUGGGUCCUUGAGACGGGGAGGAAAUAUGAGAUCUUCAUUGAAGUGUUUGAUAAGUCAGGUCACAAGAUUUACCUGUCUGAUAAUAUCCGUAUAGAAACCACGUUCCCUACAGAGUACUUUGAGGUUCUGGACUCGUCUGUUAAUGGAUCUUAUCACCAUGUGAAAGCUUUGAAGCGCGGUCAGACCAUCAUUGAUGGCACGCUGGAAGCGGUUGUUGAUCAAACAGGAAGUGUCCACGCGCUCUCUGUUCCUGUGCGUAAUGAGCAGGAUGUGGAGAUCUACGACCCCAUCGUCCUCGCUCCCGCCAUCCUCACAUUCCCAUGGCAGCCUAAAGAGGGAGCGUACCAGUACACCAUCAAGGCGACUGGGGGAAGUGGCAACUUCAGCUGGUCGUCCACUAACUCAGCAGUCGCCACAGUCACAGUGAGAGGCGUGAUGACCACGGUCAGAGAUGUUGGAGUCAGUGUGAUUUACGCCCAUGACAUGAGAAACCCGCUGCACUACGGAGACAUGAAGGUGUAUGUGAUCGAGCCGGUGGGGAUGGAGUUCAGCCCGUGUGUGGUGGAGGCCUGCGAGGGCUUGAGUCUGGACCUGCCGCUGCGAAUCUUCGGUCAGCUGGCCGGAGAGAGAGUGACCCUCAGUGACUGCUCUCACUUUGACAUGCAGGUGGACAUGGAGAGUCACGGCGUCUUUCAGCUGCUGGAGGGUCGACUUCCCCCAGGUCAGGGCCACUGCAGCGGGGUCAGAGUUAAGGCCUUGACCCCUGGUUACACCAACCUAUUGGUUAGCUACACCCAUAGUAAUGUUCACCUCAGCGCAAAGAUCACCAUUGCUGCCUACCCCCCUCUCAGGCCGAUUGACCCCGUGUCUGUGGCAGUGGUGACGUUAGGCUCCUCUAAAGACAUGACGUUUGAAGGAGGCCCCCGGCCCUGGAUCCUAGAGCCCUCCAAGUUCUUCAGAAACCUGACGGCUGAGGACCACAGCAGCGUCGCGCUGUCUCUGUACGGACCCGCCUCGCGUACAUACUCCAGACAUUUGGUCAGAGCCACAUGCAGAGCUCUGGGAGAACAGGUCUUAGCAGUGACGGUUGGAAACCAGCCCACCGUGACGAACCCCUUCCCUGCUGUGGAGCCGGCUGUGGUGAAGUUUGUGUGCGCACCUCCGUCACGUCUCACACUGACGCCCAUCUACCUGAACCCUCAGCUGGAUGUGUCCUGCCCUCUGCUGCAGCAGAACAAACAAGUGGUGCCUGUUUCCAAUUAUCACAACCCAGAGCUGGAUGUGGCGGCCUUUGACCAGCAGGGCAGGAAGUUUGAUAACUUCAGCUCUUUGAGUGUGAUCUGGGAGUCCUCCAAAGUUUCCCUGGCGAGCAUCGAACCAACCAUGCCCAUGCAGCUACACAUACAUGAGGACGACAACAAACAGCAAAAACUCCACGGUCAUCAGACGGUUCUCGUCCAUCGUGAAUCAGGCGUGGCAGCCAUCACUGUGACCGCAGUCGGCUAUCAAACGUCCCAUCUAGAGGCAGCAGCCGUUCUGAGUGGAUUUGAUCCUCUGAGCCCCGUCUCCGCCACGCUUGACCUGCUGUUAGUUGAGGACGUGAGGGUGACCCCUGACACCAUUACCAUAUACAACCAUCCCGAUGUGACGGCGGAUCUGAUUCUGCAGCAGGGCUCAGGGUAUUUCUACGUCAAUGCGAGCGUCGGGGGAAUCGCAGACGUCACGUUCCAGGAGUCCCAGGGAAUCGCUCAGGUGGUCCCGGCUCAGGCGGGGGUCUUGCAGGUGAUGGUUCAUGACCUUUGUCUGAACUUCCCUUCUCCUGCUACGGCUACGGUUCACAUCUCUGAUAUUCUGGAGGUUUAUGUGCGUGUGGUCGACAAGGUGGAGAUCGGCAAGUCAGUCAAAGCAUAUGUUCGGGUUUUGGAUGGCAACAAGAAGCCUUUCCUGUCCAGAUAUUUCUCUGUCAUGAACCUGAAGCUGAGAGCUGCGUCCUCCAUUAUAUCCCUGCAAGCUCUGCCCGAUUCUUCAGAAGAAGAUACAGCCACAUUUCUGGUCAAAGGUCUGGUGAUCGGACAAACUAGUGUGUCUGCUGUCGUCAUAGACAAAAAUGGCAGGAAAAUCAGCUCUGCACCCCAGCAGAUUGAAGUAUUUCCUCCCUUCAGGUUGCUGCCCAGAAAAGUCACUCUGAUAGUCGGAGCAAUGAUGCAGAUCACGUCAGAGGGAGGACCACAGCCCCAGUCCAACAUCCUCUUCUCUCUGUCCCACGAGAGCAUCGCCUCUGUCAGCGGUCUGGGGCACGUCAAGGGCCUGUCGGCGGGCAACAUGAGCGUGACCGGCGUGGUUCAGGCGGUCGACACGGAAACGGGCAAACUGGUGGUGGUGUCGAAGGAUCAGGUGGAUGUGGAGGUGGUCCAGCUGAAGGCCAUUAGGAUCCGAGCUCCUAUCACCCGAAUGAAGACGGGAACGCUGAUGCCGGUGUACGUGAUGGGCCUGACCAGCAGCCAGACGCCGUUCUCCUUCGGGAACGCUCUUCCUGGACUGACCUUCCACUGGUCUGUGACUAAGAGAGACGUUCUGGACGUUCACACACGCCAUGCAGAGGCGUCUGUACAGCUCAGCGCUGAGCACAACUUCGCCAUGAGUGUGUUUGGCAGGAGUAAAGGCCGCACAGGACUGAGGGUGGUGGUGAAGACCAGUGUUCCUCUGGCUGGACAUCUGCAGGACAGUGCCCUCGAGCUCCAGGAUGAGAUACAGAUACAGGUUUAUGAGAAACUGCAGCUGUUGAACCCAGAGGUUCAAGCUGAGGAGAUACUGAUGUCCCCAAACUCACUGCUCAAACUCCAAACCAACAGAGAUGGACUGGGCUCCCUGUCCUACCGUGUGCUGGACUGUCCGGACAGAGCUGCUCUCCUUCAGGUGGAUGAUAAAGGUCACCUGACGUCUGGAUCUCUGACAGGAACUGCAUCGCUACAGAUCAGCUCGCAGGAAACAUUCGGCGUCAAUCAAACCAUCAUCAUCGCUGUGAAGGUGGUGACCGUCUCGUACCUGCGUCUGAGCACUAGUCCAGUCGUGUACAUGUCUAACAGAGAGACUGUGUCUGCCAUCCCGCUGGGAGCCGCUCUGACCUUCACCGUUCAUUUCCACGACAGCACGGGAGAAACCUUACACAGCCACAACUCCGCGCUCCGCUUCUCCACCAACAGGGAUGAUUUGGUGCAGGUCGGUAAGGGUUCGAGUAACGGCACGCUGACGGUGCGGACGGUGAAUGUGGGUCUGACUCUGCUGGGGGUCUGGGACUCGGAGCAGGCCGGACUCGCUGAUUUCCUCGCUCUGCCGGUCCAGCAUGCCAUUCAUCCGGCUGGAGCCCAGCGGCUCGUCGUGGGAGACGUUGUGUGCUUUUCUGCACAGUUUGUUAAUCAGGAGGGUGCAUCAGGUGUGUGGAGCUCGUCGUCCAGCGCUCUGCUGGAGAUCGAUCCCAGGACUGGAGCAGCAGUAGCCAGAGACAAGGGCACAGUCACUGUGUACUACGAGAUUCCGGGUCAACUCCGCACCUACAGAGAGGUUCGUAUUGAAGGUGCGUCUAGGACGUCUGUCGUGAUUCCUGCAGUGAAGAAGGACAGAGACCCUAAAGUCCUGAUGUCAACCAGGGACACGGGAAGCAACCUCAUCGGAAGCUGCUCGUCGUCUCAGUCCGACAGCGUGGCUCUGCUCCACCCAGAGUCCUCCGUCAGCUGUCAGCUGCGCUUCACCAGCAGCACCGUGGAUUUCUCUCCUCAUGACGUCUACCACACUCACACGGCCUUCGAUGCCAGCACAGGCUUCUACAGCUGCGCGCUGAGCUUCAAGCCCAUGAGCGAGCAGCAGGUGAAGGUGUUGAGUCUGUCUAUGACGGCGGUGGAGGUGAGGGCCGGCGUGCAGGGCUCUCUCUUCAGCGGAGAGCAGCUCAGCGUCCAGCUGCCUGUCAGUCCAGGGAUCUACGCUGAUCAGACGGACCUCAUCCUGAGCAAUCAGUACCCGUCUGCUGAGCUGACCAUCUACGGCACGCCAGGCGCUCUCCAGCAGCUAGACGUGAAGAGCAGUUCUCCUGCGGUUGUGAUCGAGGAGCAGGAGGUUUCUCUCAGCUUUCCCAGCUUCAUCAGGUAUGCGGUCAGUGUGGAGAGGCCGCAGGGAGCGCUGACGGCGUCCGUGUCUGUGAGCAGCGCGUCCAGUGCUCAGGUGCUGCACAUCCCGGUGUCUGUCAUGCAUCUAGCAGCCAGCAGCUCUUCUGUGCAAGCACAUAUAGUAGAUGGAGCGGACGGGCCCAAUAUUCUUCAGCAGUUCAUCGACUCCUAUCAAGUGAUGUUCUUCACUUUAUUCGCUCUUUUGGCUGCCACUGCUGUUGUCAUCAUCGUGUGCCAUGCACUGUUUUCCCCGAGAGAUCCUGUCAGUCAUCCUGCGUUCAUCCAGAAGACUCCGCCUCCUGCAGGUGUAGCGAAGCUGACUGAAAGCCCCUUCAACAACAGCAUGUCUUCUUCAGACACGAAGGCAAGCCCAAGAUUGCGCUUGUAUUCACCAGACUACAACUCCAGAUAAAGCGUCUCCGCCUGAAGACUGAAGAACGUGCCUGAGCACUGAAUGCAGGAGUGUAAUAAGCGUGCUGAGAGUAUUGCUUACAUGCCUGAAACGAUAGCUUUUUCAUUUGUGUGCUGAAAUGCUGCAUAUCUGAUUGAAUAUGACAGGGCUGCAUAUUGUUUUGUCUGCUUUUUGUUUGAUUAUUUAAACGUUUGACGUGUGUUCUCAUUUAUUAUCAUUAUUUUCAGUAGUCUUUUUCCUCCAAUAGUUUUCAUAGCUUGAGACAUCUUAAUUUUUAGUGAUAUGCAAUGCUGUUUUUUGUUUUUUUUUGUUUUCUGAAGCUCAGGACAACUUUUGAAAUGUAAUGUGAGACUACGGCUCGAUUGUGUAGCAUGUUGAUUUGUGAAAAGUGCAACCACUGAUUCCGUCCAAAGUGCUCUUACAUGUGUUUGCUGUGCAGAAACUAACGGCCAGUCGUUUUGUUUUGUUUUAUGAACAAUAUUAGUUGAUUUGAAUGAUAUGUUGAACUCUUUUGAGUUGAGUGCAGCUUCUUUCAGUUAUUGAUGUGAAUGUUAAAUCGGUUUAAGAGCUUAAUUCAGUUCAGUUGCUUUAGAUUCGAAGGGCUUCUGAAAGGACUGACUGGUGCUCUGUGAAGAUGAAGCAUCAGUCCCUGAUACAUCUGUAACUGUGAGUGUUGAUUUAAGGAUAUGUGACCAUUAUUGACCGAAAAAUGCCUCAGCCUUGUGAGCCUGAAAACACAGUGAAGACUUUUCUAGUAACUGCCUUUGUAAGCAAGAGCCAUAAUGUGACUCAGAACUGCUGCACUGAAUAAAACCAGGAAUUGUGAAUCUGUCAUAAGCUUUGACUUUAAUCUGUAGAUGUAACCACUUCUGAGCCUUUGUCAAUGUGUGUGUGUGCUCUUCUGUCAUUCAUAACUUCCUCAGAAGUUAACAGCUCGUUCCUUUAUGUACUCUGAGCUUUGUGCAGCAUGUUUGUGAUCUAUAAACAUUAAAUACGCU